AUGCCACAAAGAACUCUCAAGAUUUGUUUCCUGAAGGCAGAUACACUACCUUACGAAGCGAUAAAGCAUCAUGGAGAGUACGAAGAAGUAUUGUCACAACUUAUUAAACCACUCUGCCAAAGCUCUUCUAGCGAUAUUGACCUACAAAUAUCGAAAUACGACGUAAUAGAGAGGCAGUAUCCUAAAGACAUUCACACUUACGACGCAAUCAUCAUUUCUGGUUCAUUUGCCGAUAGUAGCAUUGAUGAUAAGAUGUGGGUUCUCCGUCUUUGUGGCUUCUUGAUCAUGUUGCACGAUGAAUAUCCCCAUAUUCGCCAAAUAGGUAUCUGUUUCGGCAUGCAAAUUCUCGCCCGCGCUUUCGGUCCUAGCAAGAUAAUCGCCAAUACUAAAGGCUGGGAAGUAGGUUCCACAGAGUUGAAGCUCACGGAAGGUGGAAAGGAGCUCCUCAAUCCAGAUGAAAAAGAUGAGAACAGAAAGGAUGUCAUCAGAUUGCAGCAAAUUCAUCAGGAUUGCGUUGCAGAGAUGCCCAGUCAGUUUGAGUUGCUCGCUAGCUCCGAAAUCACGCGCAUUCAAGCUUUAGCCAAGUAUUACGACGAUGGUAAGGCUAGAGGGUUCACAAACGCCCCAGAUGUAGUACCAGGUGGCAAACACGGUCAGGUGCAGAUUAUUGGUCUACAAGGCCAUCCUGAAUGGUCCAGUGGCAUCAUUUUGUCGCUCAUCAAGGAAUACGAACGUGAAGGUAUCUUCUCGUCAGAGUAUGCGGCCAAAGUUAGUGAAAUCGCUCAACAACCAACUGAUGCUAUGCAUGUUGGUAGAUCAAUCAUGAAAGUGUUGGGUGUGGAUACAAAGUGA